AUGGACAAAGCCAUCGACAUAUCGACACAGGCACUCUCAUACCCACAGAAACACAUCCCCGACGUCGCACAAGCCGCACCGGGACUCGUCCAACUCGCCCAGUCCACCCUCGACCCGGCUACCUCCCUUGCUCACGCUCACACGGCCGCAGCGGGCAAGGACAGCGAUGGAGCGCGGACUGUGGGAUUGGAUGCCAAGUUGCAGGUCGUCGACGAGAACCAGCAUUUCACCAAGACGCUCGACGAGCACAUGAAGGGCUGGAACCUCGCCGACGCAGGCUUCAACUACGACGUCGUAGCGGUCUUUGGCUCGCAGUCGACCGGAAAGAGUACGCUCCUGAACAGGCUUUUCGGAACGCGCUUUGAUGUGAUGAGCGAGACGGAGAGGAGGCAAACGACGAAGGGUAUCUGGAUGUCGAAGGGUCAGGACAUGAACGUGCUCGUGAUGGACGUGGAAGGCACGGACGGUCGCGAGCGGGGCGAAGACCAGGACUUCGAGCGCAAAUCCGCCCUCUUCUCCAUGGCUGUCGCUGAAGUCCUCAUCGUCAACAUCUGGGAGCACCAGGUCGGGUUGUACCAGGGCGCCAACAUGGGGCUGCUCAAAACUGUGUUUGAGGUCAACCUGGGACUGUUUUUGGCGGCGAAACAGAAGGGGAAGGAGAAGGGCAGCUCGCAAGACAAGACGCUCCUCCUCUUCGUCAUUCGCGACCACAUUGGCGCAACCCCUCUCGCCAACCUCCGCAACACGCUCACCGCCGACCUGAACCGUCUCUGGGACGGCCUGUCGAAGCCCUCCGGCCUCGAAUCCAGCACGAUCGAAACCUUCUUCGACCUCGACUUUGUCGCGCUACCGCACAAGCUUCUCCAACCGGAGAAAUUCGAGGAGGGCGUGUUGGACUUGAGGAAGAGGUUCAAGAGUCCGCAGGAGGGUGGGGAUGUGUACGUCUUCAAGAGCAAGUAUCACCGCAGGAUUCCAGCGGAUGGCAUCAGUACCUACAUGGGCACGAUCUGGGACGCCGUCGUCUCGAACAAGGAUCUCGACCUCCCAACUCAGCAGGAGCUCCUCGCCCAGUUCCGCUGCGGCGAGAUCGCCUCGCAAGCGUUCGAGCUCUUCUCAACCGCCGUCGCCGCUUUCCCGCCCUCUCCCGGCGCAGGCAAGAUUGACUCGUCCCUCGGCGCACGCAUGGCAGCCGCGAUCGCCUCGGCACUCAAGAGCUACGACACUGCAGCGAGUCGGUACCACCCCGCCGUCUACGCCCGCCAGCGCGUCGAGCUCGUCUCGAAGCUGCACGCAGCACUUCACCCGCUCUAUGUCUCGCACCUCAAGAACUUGCACAAGCUCGUGUUGCGCGAAUACAGGGUCGAGAUUGAGCAGGCGAUCCGAGGCGAGGGGUACGACUUUGCGCUCGUCGUGAGGAGUGCGAGGGAGAAGGCGGAGAAGACGUUUGAGAAGGAGGCAAAGGCGGUCGUGCUUGAGGAGAGUGGGUGGAGCGUUGAGGAGCAGAGGGCGGGGUUGCAGGAGGAUAUGGAUCAGGUUGCCGAGUUGCUGAGGAAGGAGGAGACGAGGAAGAUGGUCGCAGUCAUCGAGCGAAACAUUAAGCGCCAGAUGUCGGACACGGUCGAGCUCGCCCUCAACAAGCCCAGCGACGACAUGUGGGACAAGGUCUUGAGCGCGUUCAAAGCCGCGCUUGCCAAGGCUGAGGAGGCGUACCUCAAGAAGGCGAAGAGCUUCAACUGCACGCAAGAAGAGAUGGACGGCGCCCUCUCGCUCCUUCGGCGACGGUCAUGGCUCGCCCUCCGCUCGAAACUUCAGGAGCACACGGCCGAGGCGCCGAUGCUCGGCAAGCUCAAGCUCGUCUUCGAGGACAAGUUCCGCUACGACGCAGACGGGGUCCCGCGCGUGUGGAAGCCCGAGGAUGACAUUGACCUCAUCUUCCGCAAGGCCAAGGACUCAGUCCUUGAGCUCAUCCCUCUUUACGCCGAGAUCAAGCCUUCCGACCCGUUCAACGCCUUCGAGCUGCCGUCGUCGUCCGGCCCGACCGGCGUCGUCGACCCAGCAGCUGCGUCUGCAGACGAAGAUUUCGACUUCCAGGAGUCGCUCCAGCUCCUUUCGCCCUCCGCCCAGUCGUCCCUCUCGAACCGAUUCCGCCGCGAAGCCGACGCUUACUACAUCGAGGCGAAGCGUUCGAUGGUCGCGAGCCGUGCGCAGAUCCCGUACUGGAUCUACGGCGUCCUGACAGUGCUCGGCUGGAACGAGUUCGUCGCCGUCAUCCGGAGCCCGAUCUACUUCACGAUGCUCCUCGUCCUCGGCGCGGCGGCGUACGUGACCUGGUCGCUCGGCAUGACCGGACCCGCCAUUGCGGUCGCGCGAGGCGUGACGAACGAGGUCGUCCGGACAGUCAAUGAGCAGCUGCACAACUACUUCAACAGCCAGUCCGCCGACGCGCACGCCAGCCGAAGCCACCACCAGCGUCACGCCGUUCCCAUCCCGGCAAGCAACUACACGGCGGAAGAGAUCGAGCUGAAGGAGAAGCCGUCGCGGGACAAGGCUGAGUAA